AAUAGAGAAAAAAAUAAACCAAUUCUCCCCCACUUCAUUUCUCCAUCUUCGCUCCAACGCAGUCAUCUCCCAUCUCCUUGGAUCAACACUUACGAUGCGCGAGGGUAUUAAGCACCGGCUUCGUGACUACUUCGACUCUGCAGAUGAGGUGUUGCACGCAUGCAUCCGCGAUGGUGAUAUUCAGCAGCUACAGCAACAGCUCCGUGCCUCGCCCGCCCCGAACAUCAACUAUUCUCACCCUGGAUUCGGUCCGCCGGUUCAUUUCGCUGCAUGGUGCGGCAACUUAGAUGCCGUAGAGCUGCUGCUAGCGGCUGGUGCAGAUCCUCUUCUCGUUAGCUACGGCGAGCAGAGGCUCACGGCCAUCGGAUUUGCCGCCCUCAAGGGGCAUCGAGAUGUCGUCAAGCGCCUCUGGAUGUGUUGUCCUCCGGAAGGCCAUGUGCACGGGGUCAAGCCUUAUCAGGCAUGUCUCGUUGUGGCGGCGACACAUGGACAUGUCGCUGUUGUCGAAGAUCUGUUGGGCUGGUGGAACGGUUGGUCACAGGAUUCGAAGAUCGAGGCGCUGCUGUGGGCUGCACGGCGAUGGCACCUUGGAGUGGCUACUUUGCUCUUGAGCAGGGCAUUAUUCGAGCAAUCGACCCUUCAAGAGGCGCUGCACGCUGCUACAGGCAAGAAGUUUAUGCUGUCUGGUGAGUUCAAAGUCAAGUACGAGGGCAUUGACUACCUCAACCAGCAACUGCUGAUUGCGUUGUUAAUCGAUGCUGGGGCGGACCCAAAUUCUUGUCCAAACAACACGCCUCUUAUAUACAGCGUCGCCUACAACGCAAAUCUCACAGGCGCGCUUAAGACGCUGCUUGAAAAGGGCGCAGACCCUAACAAGACCAACGGGUCUGGCAAAUCUGCUCUACAUGUCCUCGCCGAGCCGAUCGGAAUAGGUCAAGCCAAACAUGAUCUUCUGAACGAGACUGCAAUCCGCCUGCUGCUGCAACAUAAAGCUUCCGUGUCUCAGCCAGACGACGCAGGCGAGUGUCCCUUACACUGGGCUGCUUAUGGAUUAGACUUGCGUCUUUUCCGCCUGUACCUAUCCUCUUGUUCAGAGCAAGACCAGGAUGCCCUACUGCAGUUAACAAACCAUGAUGGGGAGACGUUACUGCAUUUUGCCGCCGCUGGAUGCCGCAUUGAGGUAAUGGAGUUCCUGAUUGUUCAAGGUUUGGAUAUCAACGCGAAGAACUCCAACGGCUGGACACCCUUGAUGUGCGCUCUGAUCCCCAUCGAUCGGAAUCCAUGCAUAGCGAUCAAGUCACCCGCCAAGGCAAUGCAAGCAGCUCAGUAUCUUCUCUCUCAUGGCGCCGAUGCUGGUAUCACGACAGAUGAGGGCUGGACGCCGCUACAUGGCCUCGCGCUUCACUGCGAUCCCGACGUAAAUGGCAAGGCAGCGGACCUCACCAAGGUCUUGAUAUCUCACGGUGCCGACCCGGAAGCCCGCGCUCCUCUGUUGAGCCCAGACGCCAAGGAAGUUGUACCUUCGCUUGGCCUGCCCUGGGGCUACCGUUUGCGAGACGCGAUGGCAGAUCCGUCAACCCAGAGAAUGGUCAUUCGGCCUGGCCUGACGCCGUUGUACUGGGCAGCCGAGCGUGGCGCCGUCGGCGUCAUCAGAACGCUACUAGCUCAUGGCGUCGAUGUUUCGUCAAUGGAUGUGGACGGGAUCUCCCCUGCAAGAACGGCGGCCGAAUCGAAGUUUCUGAAGAGGCAGCCUGGGCUCGUUGAUAACCUUAUCGGGCUGCUGUUAGCCGCCGGCGCGGGAUUCUGAGGUAUUUCCUAA